GCGCGAUGGCAGCUGCUUAGCCCGGCGCGCGCGGAGCAGCCCUGAGCUGUGGCUGGCCAGACGGGGCGGCUGGGCGGCCGGCGCUGCAGCCCGGCCCGCGGAGAUGGGCACGGAGGCCGGCGAGGGCAUCACUUUCUCCGUGCCACCCUUGGCCUCCUCGGGCUUCUGCACCUUCCCCGAGGGCGGCAGCUGUCGGAGGGGAGGAGUGACGACGGCGGCCGAGGGCGAGCCGAGCUCGCAGCCACCGCCACCGGGCAGCUUCUGGAACGUGGAAAGCGCUGCAGCCCCUGGCCCCGGGUGUCCCGCCGCCGCCCCUGGGAGCAGCGCCACCCGGUGCCGGGGCAACUCCGCGAGCGGUGGUGGCCGCCGGACCACCGUGGCAUAUGUGAUCAACGAGGCGAGCCAGGGGCAGCUGGUGGUGGCUGAGAGCGAGGCCUUGCAGAGCUUGCGAGAGGCGUGCGAGGCGGUGGGCGCCACCCUGGAGACGCUGCAUUUUGGUAAACUGGACUUCGGGGAAACCGCGGUGCUGGACCGUUUUUACAACGCAGAUAUUGCUGUGGUGGAGAUGAGCGACGCCUUCCGCCAGCCCUCUCUGUUCUACCACCUUGGCGUGCGGGAGAGCUUCAGCAUGGCCAACAACAUCAUCCUCUACUGUGACACCAACUCCGACUCUCUGCAGUCCCUGAAGGAAAUCAUUUGCCAGAAGAAUACUAUGUGCACAGGGAACUAUACCUUCAUCCCAUACAUGGUGACUCCCCACAACAAGGUCUACUGCUGUGACAACAGCUUCAUGAAGGGCUUGACUGAGCUCAUGCAACCCAACUUCGAGCUGCUUCUGGGGCCCAUCUGCUUACCCCUCGUGGACCGGUUCAUCCAGCUCCUGAAGGUGGCGCAAGCAAGUUCCAGCCAGUACUUCCGGGAAUCUAUACUCAGUGAUAUCAGGAAAGCUCGGAAUUUAUACACUGGUAAAGAAUUGGCAGCUGAAUUGACCAGAAUUCGGCAGCGAGUAGAUAAUAUUGAGGUCCUCACGGCGGAUAUUGUCAUCAAUCUGUUGCUUUCCUACAGAGAUAUACAGGACUAUGAUUCCAUUGUGAAUCUGGUGGAGACACUAGAAAAACUGCCGACCUUUGACUUGGCCUCCCAUCACCAUGUGAAGUUCCAUUAUGCGUUUGCCCUGAACAGGAGGAAUCUCCCUGGAGACAGAGCAAAAGCCCUUGAUGUUAUGAUUCCCAUGGUGCAAGGCGACGGGCAAGUUGCUUCAGAUAUGUAUUGUCUUGUUGGUCGAAUCUACAAAGACAUGUUUUUGGAUUCUAAUUUCACUGACACUGAAAGUAGAGACCAUGGAGCUUCUUGGUACAAAAAGGCAUUUGAAUCUGAGCCAACGCUACAGUCAGGAAUUAAUUAUGCCGUCCUCCUCCUAGCUGCUGGGCACCAGUUUGAGUCUUCCUUUGAGCUUCGGAAAGUUGGGGUGAAGCUAAGUAGUCUUCUUGGUAAAAAGGGAAACUUGGAAAAACUCCAGAGCUACUGGGAAGUUGGAUUUUUUCUGGGGGCCAGUGUCCUGGCCAAUGACCACCUGAGGGUCAUUCAAGCAUCUGAAAAGCUUUUCAAACUAAAGACACCAGCAUGCUUUGUUGACAGCGUGAUCUGCCGCCUUAAGGUGUUAAUAUUAGAACCAACCAAAAUAUACCAGCCUUCGUACUUGUCUAUCAACAAUGAAGUCGAGGAAAAGACGAUCUCUAUCUGGCACGUGCUUCCUGAUGACAAGAAAGGUAUACAUGAGUGGAAUUUUAGUGCUUCCUCCGUCAGGGGAGUGAGUAUUUCUAAAUUUGAAGAGCGAUGCUGUUUCUUGUAUGUGCUUCACAAUUCUGAUGACUUCCAAAUCUAUUUCUGUACAGAACUUCACUGUAAAAAGUUUUUUGAGAUGGUGAACACCAUUACCGAAGAGAAGGGGAGAGGUGUGGAGGAAGGAGACUGUGAAGGUGACUCCCUGGAGUAUGACUAUGAAUAUGAUGAAAAUGGUGACAGAGUCGUUUUAGGAAAAGGCACUUACGGAAUAGUCUACGCGGGUCGGGACUUGAGCAACCAAGUCAGAAUCGCCAUUAAGGAAAUCCCAGAGAGAGAUAGCAGAUACUCUCAGCCCCUGCAUGAAGAAAUAGCCUUGCAUAAGCAUCUGAAGCACAAAAAUAUUGUCCAGUAUCUGGGCUCUUUCAGUGAGAAUGGCUUCAUUAAAAUAUUCAUGGAGCAGGUCCCAGGAGGCAGUCUUUCUGCUCUCCUUCGUUCCAAAUGGGGUCCAUUAAAAGACAAUGAGCAAACAAUUGGCUUUUACACAAAACAAAUACUGGAAGGAUUAAAAUACCUCCAUGACAAUCAGAUAGUUCACCGGGAUAUAAAGGGGGACAACGUAUUGAUUAAUACCUACAGUGGUGUCCUCAAGAUCUCUGACUUUGGAACAUCAAAGAGGCUUGCUGGCAUAAACCCAUGUACCGAAACCUUUACAGGCACCCUCCAGUACAUGGCACCAGAAAUCAUCGACAAAGGACCACGAGGCUACGGCAAAGCGGCAGACAUUUGGUCUCUGGGCUGCACGAUCAUUGAAAUGGCCACGGGAAAGCCACCGUUUUAUGAACUAGGAGAGCCACAGGCAGCCAUGUUCAAGGUGGGGAUGUUUAAAGUCCACCCUGAGAUACCAGAGUCCAUGUCUGGAGAAGCCAAGGCAUUCAUAUUGAAAUGCUUUGAACCAGACCCUGACAAGAGAGCCUGUGCUAAUGAUUUACUUAUGGAUGAAUUCUUAAAAGUCUCCAGCAAAAAGAAAAAGACACAACCUAAGCUUUCAGCCCUAUCAGCUGGAUCAAAUGCCGAGUACCUGCGCAGCAUCUCCUUGCCGGUGCCCGUCCUGGUGGAAGACACCAGCAGCAGCAGCGAGUACGGCUCUGUUUCCCCUGACACGGAAUUGAAGGUGGAUCCCUUCUCUUUCAAAACUAGAGCGAAAUCCUGUGGAGAAAAAGAUGUGAAAGGAAUACGGACGCUAUUUCUAGGCAUUCCAGAUGAAAACUUUGAAGAUCACAGCGCCCCCCCUUCCCCUGAAGAGAAAGAUUCCGGAUUCUUCAUGCUGCGGAAGGACAGUGAGAGGCGAGCCACCUUGCACAGGAUCCUGACAGAAGACCAAGACAAGGUGGUGCGGAACUUGAUGGAGUCUUUAGCUCAGGGACCUGAAGAACCUAAGCUAAAAUGGGAGCACAUCACAUAUCUCGUCAUGAGCCUCAGAGAGUUCAUCAGGUCUACUGACCGGAAGAUCAUCGCCUCUACACUGUCCAAGCUGAAAUUAGAGCUGGACUUUGACAGCCACGGCAUCAGCCAAGUACAGGUGGUCCUCUUUGGUUUCCAAGAUGCGGUCAACAAAGUUCUUCGGAAUCAUAACAUCAAGCCACACUGGAUGUUUGCCCUAGACAGCAUCAUCCGAAAGGCCGUGCAGACAGCCAUUACCAUUCUGGUUCCAGAACUGAGGCCACAUUUUAGCCUGGCAUCAGAGAGUGACACUGCUGAUCCGGAAGACUUGGAUGUAGAUGAUGAGCAUGAGGAACCACCUUCCAAUCAAACAGUCCGAAGACCCCAGGCUGUCAUUGAAGAUGCUGUGGCCACCUCAGGGGUGAGCACACUCAGCUCCACCGUGUCCCAUGAUUCUCAGAGUGCUCACCGGUCACUGAAUGUGCAGCUUGGAAGGAUGAAAAUAGAAACUAAUAGAUUACUGGAAGAAUUGGUUCGGAAAGAGAAAGAAUUACAAGCCCUCCUUCAUCAAGCUAUUGAAGAAAAAGAACAAGAAAUUAAACACCUGAGGCUGAAGUCCCAGCCAAUAGAUAUCCCUGAGUUACCAGUGUGUCACCUGAAUUCUCCAGGCGCAAACACUGAAGAUUCUGAACUCAUCAGCUGGCUGAGAGAAAAUGGAGCUGAUGAAGACACUAUCAGCCGGUUUUUGGCUGAGGACUAUACACUAGUGGAUGUUCUCUACUAUGUUACACGCGAUGAUCUCAAAUGCCUGAGACUAAGGGGAGGGAUGCUGUGCACACUGUGGAAGGCCAUCGUUGACUUUCGACGCAAGCGCCCUUGACCUGCGUGCAACUUAACCUUCGGUGGCGAAUCUGAACGUUAAUGCAGAACUAAUCUUCAGGGGGACGGAGGACUGAAUGGAGAGAAGAAAGAAGCUGCACUUUAAAUCCAGUAUUUGUUUACUUUUGUUGAAAAAAAAAAUUAGGCAAAACACACUGAAAUUUCCUAACUGCUUCUGCUUCUACAGUUCUUAAGAACUCUUCAUAAAGACUCAAAAUAAUCCUAAUUAGAAUUCUAAUGUUCAGGAUUAUUUCAGUCAAAACAUUUUUAUGGAGGUAUUUUUAACUCAGCAGCUAUGAUGCUUCAGCCAAAUGUUUAUUUCACACGGAACAGAUACAACGUUUCACGCGAUUGUGCACCACUGGAAGAAAACCGAAAUGUGACCACAGCUUUUAGGAUUAGGUGUGUCUGUAAUGUGCCCUGAGAAUUUGGGUAGAAAGGCAUAAUUUGAUUAUUGUAUAAAGUUUUUUUUUUUUUAAAGUGUGCAGAAUCUGAGAGCAGUGGUUUUUACUCUCUGUAUGAAUUGUAAUAUUGGCUGUAUUUUGUAAUUUAAGUUUCUGGCCUGUCAUGUGUUCGUUUGAGUUGUUUGUGGACUACUGAACUUCACCAGUUGCACAUGCCUGGAUAACAGUAAUGUUAGCUUGUUCUAAAGCUAUCCAUUGUGUCAUAUGUACUCUAAAGUAAAGAGAUUCCCAACAUACCUUUUUGAGAAAUCCCAAAGAAUUCUUAUUUUGUGCUGAACACCUAGGUAAACAACUGUAUCAAAUUGCUAGUCAUUUUUUCAACUCUAACAUUAAGUGGAAUCCAUCUUCUACUCAAAGAACAACUGAUAUCCAAAGUAUUCCCCAGUAGAGAAAGGAUAAAGGAAAAAGAGAAUAAGGGAAAACCAGUGCAGUUUUCUCAAGGCCUCAGCUCAUCUUGAAUGACAGUUACAUAUUUGAAUCCAUCUUCUAAUGGAAAACAUUGCAUUUUCUGUUUCUUUAAUGUAGUUCUCAUGUGUGGGGGAAAUUUUUUGAGCAAAAUAUUAUAUAUUUUUACAAGUCCACUCAUGUUAAUAGUACAAAUUCCAAAGUUCCUAGAUGGAUGAAUAAAAUAAACAAAUUUCUUACAUACAGAAGAACUUGUUUAUUACACAGGAUACAAGUAACAUAGCAUUGUUUGUAUAUUAUGACUUGACCCACGUAUGCAUAGUCUUUGCCAAAACAGGAGCCAUCUUUAUUUGUAGGUAAAAGCCCAGGUACAAAAUAUUUUAUAUUGCAUUACACUAUAAAAAAACAUUCUCCCAAAUAUUUUCUCAUUUGACAUUUGCAACAACAUAGAGCUGUAUCUUAAAUCCUAACACGAAGCAUCCUAUAUGGAUAUUUCAAAGCAAAGUAAGGUGUGAAUUCAGUGUUACGUCAUUUGACUCAUGCUGAAACGCAGGCUGCCGUCUUCAGUAAGCUGCAGCUCAUCUCAC